AUGCCGGACGCGGACGAUGAAGAGGCCACCGAUUCGGAGCAACAACAACCAACCAACAGUGACAUCACCCAACAUAUGCUAUCACAGAUAAGGAGAGAGGUACGCGAAGCCAUACGUAUGGAAAUGCAACAAGCAUUAUCUUUUUUCUCAGACAAAAUAGACGAGUAUGAGGAGAAGAUAAACAUAUAUGAACAGGAGCGUAAAAAUAUGGAAAAACAACAACAGGAACUCAAAAACAACUUGAACACUAUUACCCUGCGAAAUAAUAUGAUGGAGCAGCGGAUUAAUAUGUUGGAACAAUCACAGAUUAACAACAAUAUUGAAAUAUGCGGAAUUAAAGAAGAAAAAGAUGAGAACCUAACAAAUAUAUUAAAUACUAUAUGUUCCAAGUUGCAACAAAAACCAGCUGAUAUACAAAAAGUAUUCAGGAAGAAAUCACGCCAAACAAACAACAAUAGACGCGAGCACUCCGCCGUCACAGUCAUCCUGCGUGAUGGCUGCCGCAACCAGUGGGUCAACAGCGCGAGGGACACCCCCAUACACAGCAAGGACCUAGGCAUAGACGGGGACAGCAGGAUCUACAUACGAGAAGAACUCACACCUUCAACUGCAUUCUUACUCUGGAAAACCAAGAUGGAAUUGAAGGAAAAACACCGCUUCAAGUUCGUAUGGAUAAAGCACGGGAAUAUAAUGGCGCGUAAGAACGAAAAUGAAAAAUACUUCGUUAUUAGGUCCCAAAGCGACAUCGAGAGAGCAGUCACCGAAACACAGGACCGGUCUUAA